AUUUGUUUCCGGGUGGCUAUCGAAGAUGUCCAGGUUUAGAUGGCAGUGGUUCAUUGCGAUCAUCUUCAGUAUUGACAUACUUGCAGGUGCAAUACGUAUUACUUCCAAGCCCGAAAACAUAACCAAAGUGCUGCAAGGGACGUUGAACUAUAAUGUGAGCUGGCACUGGGACAUUACACCACCGUCUACGAUAUCUGUUCGUGUGGCUGAUAUUCAUUUCAAGGGUAUUAAGAUUGGGGCAUUGGGCGACGGAUCCCCUCCAACUCCAGUAGUUUUCACCGAUUUUAAAUCUCGGUACAGCCUCAGAACAUCGACGUUCAACCCCAUAACACUUACCAUUAAAGAUGUCCAGCCUCAAGAUGCUGGGGAGUAUGCGAUGACCUUGGCAGAUGAUGGCGGAGAAACUACCUUCGAGGCGUCAAAAUUUACCAUGGAUGUAUUGGUUCCCCCUAGUGUCACUCAUGCAAACAUAACGGUCAACAAGACAAACACAGCAGUACUCAUGUGCAGCGCCACAGGGAACCCAACACCUAACGUGACCUGGACCAGGAGCGGAAAAGAGGAUGUUCUGGGGACUGGGGAGACUCUUACCUUCAGCGAUGUCAAUAUAUCGGACGGGGGGUGCUACGUGUGUACCGCUACUAAUAACAUCGGGAGUGGAGCAAGUGGUACCGUCUGUCUUACCGGGCAAUGAUAAUCAUUUGCUUCAUCCUUAAGACAUCUCGAGGAAAGAGAAGAAUAAUGGAGGCAGUUUACAAUAAAUUACUGGAGCUGCGAUAUCCUUGACCUGUUCAGCGGUUGGUGAACCACAACUGAUUACCUUCCACCUCUACAUGGACAAUCUACUGAUCAAAAAAAACAUUAACGGGAUGUUUCACAAUAUUCUAUUAGAUUCAGUAGGGAUUCAUCUCCUCACCUGUGUUCCGAUUAAUGACGCUGGAGUUGGAGAAAACAGAUCUGUGAGCAUGAACGUGACCGAAAAAUUACCGACAAUUUCUAUAACACCUUUACGAGCUACAGUAAAUGAGGGGUCAGUGGUUGUGUUUACGUGUUUAGCGAUUGGCUUCCAGAGCUUCAAGAACUUCUGGAAGAAGGAUGGCGUCUUCAAGGGCGAUGGGAGCUCUCUUAUGUUAUCAUCUGUCGGGAGGGAUGACAGUGGCAACUAUACCUGUAACGUCACUAGUACAUGUGGGACGACGAUGAAAACGGCCUCACUAGAUGUCAUUUACAAACCAGAAAACACGACCCUUGUGUCCAAUUCCACCCUCGGAUGCGUUGGCGACAUUGUCCUGUUGUCCUGCUCUGCUGACGGCAAACCCUCCGACGUAACGCACUCGCUUGCCUCGGAUGGAGAGCAUCUACACGCGAGUGAGGCUGGUAUUUUUCUAGUUACCCUGGAGAGGCCUGGCUGGAAUAACUUCACUUGCAUUCCUAGCAAUACCGCGGGGAAGGGGGAGGAAGCAGAUAUCAGCAUUUUCGCAUCAGUGCCUCCGUUGGUUGCCAAGUUUCCCUCAAGCGAGGUUACGAUUAUGGAGGGCCAUCCAGCCAAGUUAAUGUGUAACGUCACUGGCUCACCAGUUCCAAACGCGACUUGGUACAAACUAGGCUUUGAAAGAUGGUAUCACAGUGGGCCGAUGCUUGUUCUGUCAAAGAAAAACGACGCAGGCAGCUACAGAUGUAUUGCGACUAAUGAAGCUGUCUGCAAGAACACGUCUACCUCAGACUGGAUCAAUGUCACUUUCAAAUCCGUCAAGAUUGAGGGCCAGGACUCGGCCAUUGUUGGUCUCGCUGUGGUGGUCGCCAUCUUGGUCUUGGUCAUCAUUGGGCUGAUAGCCUACGUCAUGUGGCUAAAACGAGCAGGAAAAAAGUCAAAAAGAGACAGAACUCUCGAGCAUGCUGAUAACACAGGCUUCUCACCUGAACAAAUACCAAUGCAAGGGACUUCGUUUAACUACCAAGCACAGGAUAAAGCCAUGGAAUACCAGGUAGCUCAGGAUGUCAUGCGUGACAACAUCCCAAACUAUGAGGACGUCACGCAAGGGGAAAAUUUCACGCAACACGCCUCGGAGGACACAGCACCAUGUGGUCAUCAUUCUGUGGCCAAUGAGCAGUGUGCAACCGUAACGCAAGGGGACAAUAUCACGCAAUAUGGAGCCAUGGGUGGGUUUCCGUCACGUGAUUUAGACAUUCUGGCCAAUCAGCAAAAUAAUGCCAUCGUUGGCACGACAAGCAAGGUGGCAACUAACAACGCUUGUCACAAAGGCGAGGCAAGCUAUGAGAACAUAAGAAAACGAGGUUUACCACCAACAGUAUACCAAUCUCUGCAGACAAUAAAACAACAGAGCGAGAAUGCGCAGUACGCCUCGUUGAAUCUUGGGACACGCAUAGCGACCAUGCCUGGUGAUAGGGACGAAGGGGAGUGGGUUCAUUGAAAAGUGGGAGUGAGUACCAGGAGUUGGACAGAGCUGCCGUCUCGUAUUCGUGUUAUGAGCAGAUUGGCCCGAAUAAAACAACAAGCACGUUACAUAAACAAUAAAUUAUAAUUGAUAGAGACGUUUGCUUAUCCGAGUGUAUAGAUUUAUGUUAAUGUUAAUGUUAUAUGUUGUAUGUCGGUACAGUUGCCGCCAUUCUGGUAGCUUUUAGUCCCAGUACCUCCUAUUUUGGAAAUACUGGCGAAAUCCACAUGAGGUGAAACUCGCUAGGAAUUGAUUGCUACCAUAAUUUCCUUUCGCAAUGGGAAGCUGAAAGCUGUCUUGAAAGACACACUACUGACUUUCCAUUUACCCGCAACAACUUUGUCGCAAGAUUCUAAGGCUGAGAUCUACGCGCUAGUUGGGUGAAGGGCCGAUUUUUCUUUUCACGAACCGAAGCAGGGGCACGAAAAAUACCAUCUUGUUGUCAAUGCUCUUGCAUCGACGUCCGACCAAUUGGUGCGUAUGCUACGCAUUUCAGAUUGCAGAUUUUUCAUUGCAAGUACCUCAACAUUAUAACAUAUCAUGCAAAGCAGUGGCACAAAACAUCGAAAGGGCGAAAGAUAUAGGAUUGUCUUUAGUCUCGCAUGACGGUUUGUACUUACUAUACCUCAUCUUAUAUUUCGGGCUGAUGCACAAAUUAAAUUUCUUGACUUCCCGACGGGAUGUCCAUUGAAACAAUAAAAGCGCUUUAGAGAAACUAA